CAGUAAUGUCACUUCUCAUUCAUCUCAAUUCAAAUAAAUAAAACCUAUGGAGUUAAAAUUAAAUCAAAGUUAACUAAACAAUUUACUAUGUAAAUCACUCUGUUGAAUUUUCAGUUACUAGCGAAAAGAGUAAUGUUUGUACUUCUACAGGCACCUCUGUUUUGUUGUGUACCUUCAAUACUAGGUUAGGGUUAGUCUCAAUUAUUGUAAAAGAGAAAGUCACAUUGCUUUCUCUUAUUAUUCCAAUCACUGCAUUUAGCUCUCAGUUUCUCAGUCUUAGACGUUACUUCAAUUCUCUAGUUCAUGAAAUAUUCUAAUUUACAGUAGGCCCUUAUGGAGUUUAACUUGCUGAAGAUUUGUUUUACAUUGAUGACACUGUUUAUUGUUGUCAUUGGUGGAUUGAUAAACAACUUUGAGAAGUGCUUGCCUGCUUUCUUCGCGCAAACAUUUCGCUAUGGAAAAUUUGCUUAUAAAGGAAAACCAUCAUCUAUAGUUGUCUUGGAAGUUCCAAAAAGGUGGUUUAAACACUUCUAUGUGUUUGCUGGUAUUUGGUCUCCUCUCUGCUUGGGACUUGCUGCACACAUCUAUUUCCUUGGAGGGAAUGUCCCACAAAUCGUUACCUAUGGGUUGGAUCUGCUCGGAACUUCUCAUCGCAAAGCCAGCGUGAGUGCAACAUCAGUAUUUAUUGCUCUUGCUCUACUCACCUUGCAGUCUUGGAGACGGUUGUACGAGACGUUUUUCGUCAGCAUAUUCUCCGAUUCUAACAUCAACUUGGCCCACUACAUUAUUGGGUUCUUGCAUUAUUUUGGUGCAAUGGCGGCAGUGUUGGUUGAAGCCCCUGGCCUCACUCCUAUUUCAAUAGAGCACAAAGCUGUCGUAAGCCUCAGUGAAUUAAGAUGGACAGAUGUUGUGGGUGCGGCUUUGUUUCUCUGGGCGUGGUUGCACCAAUACAGAGCUGCAAACAUAUUGUCUGACCUCAGAAAAAACAAGAAAGGUGAGGUAGUGACCCUAAAGCACAACAUUCCCAGUGGAGACUGGUUUGAGCUGGUCUCAUCUCCUCAUCUACUGUGUGAGACUCUCAUGUAUCUAGCUGUCAGUCUCAUCCUGCUAGGCAACUACACCUGGCCAUUCGUCUUCUUCUGGGUCCUCUCCAACCAGAUGGAAACUGCGCUGUUGACUCACUGGUGGUAUUUGUCCCACUUCAAAGACUAUCCCAAAGAACGUCAUGCAUUUGUACCUUAUUUACUUUAGGCCUAACUACUAAGAGAUAGACAACUGAUCAUGGUUAGCUAGUUAGUCAAUAUCUUUGACUUUUGGAGUUGACAUCUCAUCUAUUAUGAACCUUCAAUGAAAUACCAGCUUUUAUUUGAGCUAUUGAUCAUUAAGAUCGGACUUACCUAAAGCACGAAGCUGAAUCACAAAUCAACAAUAAUCAUAAUUAUUUUAGGACUCGUCUGCAAUCAAUGAUAUGUAAUUUUUGUUAUUUUAUGUCUUGGUCUUAAUAUACUCCUAGAAAUAAAGGCUUUCAUUUGAGAUAUUGAUCUUUGAACCAGUUAAAGUUAAAGAUACUGUAUUACUAAAUAUGAAAAAAAAACAUAUUUUCAUUACCAUUAUUGUGGAUUUUAUUUUGACCCGGGCAAUGUGGAGUUUUGCUGCUAGUUGUAACUAACUUGAUGCAAAUUAUUUGCAUAAGUUUAUCAUAAUUCAUAAUCUUAUGUUAAUCAUAUGUUUAUCAUAAUUUGACUGAAGAAUGUGUGACAAAAAAUGAACUGUAGUUUGUAUCUCAUUUUCAAACACCAAGUUAAAUUUAAGCAUCAUGUCAAAAUGAUUCACUUGAGGCGCUAUUGAAAAAGUAUACUAUUAGCACAUAUUUAUAUUUUGUUUGAUUUUGGAUUUGAAUUGGUUCCAACAAAUAAAUACUCGGGCAAAAUCUAGAUGCUUUUUAGGCUGUGGUUUGUUAGAUUUAUAAGAUUGAUAUUUAAAAAAAUGGUUGUAUAAUUUUACAUGCUGUUAUUAAACUACUGUCUUAGUCAGUAGUAUUUUAAGUAGCUUAAGAAAGAAAAAGGUAAAAAACUAAAUAAUAGGCCUUUUAGUAUAUGAUUUAAAAGAAAAAAAACUUACUAUUUAGUAGUGGAUCAUGGCAGACUGUAACCAAUUUAGUGCAGGUCCCCCCGGGCACUGAAAUAUAAUUAAUGUUAUACAGGGUAAAUUGAUAUGACUUUGUUAAGAGUACAGAGAGUUCACAAAAUAUUGGCUCUUCAUUUGGUGAAAUAUUGUGUACUUUGUGUUCUAUGACUUGUAUUAAGCGAAGGUGCUAUCCCUCUUUAUUCUACAAUAAUUCAUUAUGCUGUAAAAAAGUAUUUUAAGGCAGCGUCUGCUGUAUUUUACAUUCUUUUACUUAAUCAAAAUAAGUGAUAUUUUAACAUAAUCAAUACUGAAGACUGUUUAUAUAUUAUAUAUUUACUAUUUUUCUACUGUUG